CACGCACAUGAUGAAAGAGCCUUUGGUUUCCAUCCAGUCUCACAGAGUAGAGUAACGUUAGAGCAGAGAGGAGAGGAGGAGAGAAGAGAGAGCUGACACAGAACAGGAGUUGGAAUACCAGUGAGACUGUGAUGAAGUUGUGACCUGAAUGUGAAAGCCAGCUCAGUGAUAUGGACAAUAUGGAGCAGUGUGGACCAGCCACCAACAGAGGGAGCUGUUCUACAGCCCAUCAUCACACACUGGACCAACCAUCAGCCUCCUCAACGCUCCUUCACUCAGAGGACCUGUGAUACACUGACCUAUCCAUCCAGAAACCAAUACAAUCUGAUAUAUGAAUGUAUAUGAAAUAUACACAAACAUACCAAGGAAAAUAGCUCAAACACAGAGAUGAAUGUCCAUCCAUGUACAUCAGUAUGGAUACAGCCACACCCACAUAAAUCUUCUCUGAAGGCUUUAUCCAUGAGUCUGGACUGAGUUGUUGUAGGGCAGGGGUUAGGGUUGGGACUAGGUGUAAGGAAGGGUUGGGACUAGGACUCCACAGUGGUGUAGGGCAGAGGUAAGUGUUGGGACUGGGUGUAGGGCAGGGGUUAGGGUUGGGACUGGGUGUAAGGGAGCGGUUAGGGUUGGGACUGGGUGUAGGGCAGGGGUUAGGGUUGGGACUGGGACUCCAGUGAGGAUGCUGUCUAUGGUGAUACUAGGUGUGUUCCUGUCCCUGCUCAUCCUGCUGACAGUGUGUGGUAACGUCCUGGUUUGUCUGGCCGUCUGCGCCACGCGACGUCUCCGUUGCCUCACCAACUGUUUCAUCGUCUCCCUCGCCAUCACUGACCUGCUGCUUGGCAUGCUUGUCCUGCCCUUCUCCGCCCUCCUCCAGCUCAGCAAUUGGCCGCUGGGGCCGACCAUCUGCAACAUCUACAUCUCAUUGGAUGUUAUGUUAUGCACCGCCUCCAUCCUCACCCUAUUGGCCAUCAGCCUGGACCGCUACCUGGCCGUGACCGCGCCCCUUAGAUACUCCUCACUGGUGUUGCCGAGGCGAGUUGCCUUGGCUAUGGCGUUGGUGUGGGCGGUGUCGCUAGCGGUGUCAUUCCUGCCAAUCCACCUGGGCUGGAACACUGUGGACGGCAGCGUCCAGAAUCGCGACCAGGGGGACAACAAGACAGAGUGUAACUUUGAGCUGAACCCGUCGUAUGCUGUGGUGGACGCCUCCUUAACCUUCUACCUCCCCCUGCUGAUCAUGUGCUGGACCUACCACCGUAUUCUCCGCAUCGCCCGGGCGCAGGCCAGGCGCAUCAUCCAUGCACGCCCCAGCCUUAACAACAACAACAGCCCCUCGUCAGCCCCUCGUCAUCUCACCUCAGUAACAGCGGUGGCUCUACGGGAACACAAAGCCACAGUGACUCUAGCAGCAGUGAUCGGGGCGUUCGUGGUGUGCUGGCUGCCCUACUUCACCCUGUUUACCAUUAUGGGUCUGAAGGAGCAGAACUACCCAGCAGCCUACCCCGUGGUGCAGUGGCUGGGGUACAUCAACUCAGCUCUGAACCCUUUGCUCUACGCUGCCCUAAACAGAGACUUUAGGUCCGCCUAUGCCCGCCUGCUGCGCUGUGGUUACUACAGAUACGGCAGGGGGAGGGGCCGGCCAUCAUCCCCCAACACAUUCAUGACAGGUGGGGGGAAAGUAUGUGGAGGGGAGGUGGCUCUUCUGUGUGGACACACCUCUUCCUGCAGGGUGGGGCCAGGUGAGACAGGUAUGAUGAUGAUGCUACAGGAAGUCAGCAGCGGAACGGCCACGCCCUCUCCUCAGCACAGCAAUAGGGCCACUGUCGCCAACGGCAACGACAGAUCCUGCUGACCCUGUGUCUAUCUGUGAGGAGGAUUCAGUGUCCCACCAGUCGUGAACGCUGAACCCAGCCAGCCUGACCCACACACCUAGCCCAGGGGUCAAUCACAUUAUUGACAGGACACUGGGACUAUUUGGCUAUCUCCAGAAAGGAGAGCAGGCUACGCAUGUGAAGGAACUCAUCCAAAAUAUCACAGGCAACCCAGAACAAGGAUACCGAGGACCUUCAACCAAAACACUAGAAUGAGAUUCUAUUUCUAUCCGUUCAACCAAUGAGCAGUGACUGGGGAAAGCCACGAGUCACUUUGUUCUCGAACACUGAUACCUGGAAAGAAAUGUCACGGGAUGGACAGACAGACAGAAAGACUAAAACUCUCUUGCCAGGCUGGUGGUGAACUCUAACCACAGGUGUUAUUCAUAUGAACCUGACUGUGAGCUUCCAAUGUAGAAGAUACUUUGCCCUCAAGCAAUGGAAUAUGAUAUCACAAUCUGACAAGGAGACUAGACGCUUAGCAAUUAUUUAAUUUAUAUCAAAAUAAUCAGUGUUCUGAGAGAAAAAUAAAUACAAUCUUUGACAGUGUUUCAUCUUUAUGAGGAACUGUUUGAUUGUGCAGCUAUAUGGGUCCUCUAUGAGGUAUUAUAGAUGUAUGCAUGUGUACAUGUACUUCCCCAGAAAGUUUUGGAAUCCAAUAUUGGUCAUUUCUAACCACAGUGCCAUCUAUGUUCUUGUAAGGUUGUGAAGGUAUGCCGCCACGACCAGGGAUGGUACUGAAUUUUGAUGGUGGAGUAGUAGAAGAAAUGGUAUUUACCAGUAGUCAAGGAUUCCAAUAAUAGUGUAGCAUUUAUUUUCUUCAGGAGCUCUCUCAUGGUAGCCUAAUCGUAACUUUGUACAAAAAUAUUGAAAAAUAAAAGUAAAGUUCUUGAAAAAAAGGUUUUUAGUUUGUGAAGAAAUGUGGCAUAUUGCUGGUCUGCACACAUCAACAGCCAGUCGCUUAGGCCCAAUGUGCCGGUGUGGUGGUACCGAUGGUUUCUCACAACUGAUGGCUUCUAUGAUUAUGGCUAGAUGGAAGUGACUUUACGCAGCAGGUUAGGAGAAUCGGAAUAAGGCUAGGAAAAGG